CUCUGCCCCGCGCCUCGCCGCCAGGCGGGACUUUUGAGCGAUGAGACGGCCGAGUCGCCGGCUGGCUUUGUCUCUCUUGGGGAUCCUGUGGAUCGCUGCUCUCCUCUUCUUCUUGGGGGCGAGGAGGAGACUGGAGGUGGCAGGACCCGAAGGGCAGACGCCAAAGGGCUCAGAUGUCGACUGGGAUGACCUCUGGGAUCAGUUUGAAGAGAGAAGGUACCUGAAUGCCCGGAAAUGGAAGGGCGGAGAGGACCCAUACCGCCUCUAUGCCUUUAACCAGCGGGAGAGUGAGAGGAUUCCCAGUGACCGUGCCAUCCGCGACACCAGGCAUUACAGAUGUACAACUUUGCACUAUCGUCCAGAUCUGCCGUCAACAAGUAUCAUCAUCACCUUCCACAAUGAAGCCAGGUCCACCCUGUUAAGAACUAUCAGAAGUGUUUUAAACCGCACCCCUGUGCACCUGGUCCAUGAAAUCAUAUUAGUGGAUGACUUCAGCGAUGAUCCUGACGACUGCCGUUUACUGGGCAAGUUACCCAAGGUGAAAUGCUUGCGCAACAGGCAACGAGAAGGUUUGAUCCGGUCCCGAAUCCGAGGGGCAGACAUGGCACAGGCAGGAGUCCUGACCUUCCUAGACAGUCACUGUGAGGUGAAUAAAGACUGGCUGCUGCCUCUCCUGCAGAGGAUCAAAGAGGAUCCAACCCGCGUGGUCAGUCCAGUUAUCGACAUCAUCAACUUGGACACUUUUGCCUACGUGGCCGCUUCCUCGGACCUGAGAGGAGGGUUUGAUUGGAGUCUACAUUUCAAAUGGGAACAGCUUUCCCCAGAGCAGAAAGCCAAACGAAUUGAUCCUACAGAACCCAUUAAGACUCCGAUCAUUGCAGGGGGGCUCUUUGUGAUCGACAAAGCCUGGUUCAACCACCUGGGGAAGUACGACACUGCCAUGGAUAUCUGGGGUGGGGAGAACUUUGAAAUCUCCUUCCGUGUGUGGAUGUGCGGAGGGAGCCUGGAAAUUAUCCCCUGCAGCCGGGUUGGACACGUGUUCCGGAAGAAACACCCCUAUGUCUUUCCAGAGGGAAACGCCAACACCUAUAUAAAAAAUACCAAGCGCACAGCCGAAGUGUGGAUGGAUGAGUUCAAACAAUACUACUAUGCUGCCCGGCCUGCAGCACAAGGGAGACCUUACGGAGACAUCCAGAGCAGACUGGAACUGAGGAAGAGCUUGAAAUGCCAGACCUUCAAGUGGUACCUGGAAAAUGUUUAUCCAGAACUUAGGAUUCCUAAGGAAUCACUGUAUCAGUCUGGAAUGAUCCGGCAGAGACAGAGGUGUCUGGAGUCCCAGAAGUCUGAAGAUCAGGAGUUCCCCGUCCUCAGCUUAAAUCCCUGCAUCAGCAGCAAAGGUGUGGCAGCAGUGGCACAGGAAUGGACGUACACAUACAACCAUCAGGUCCGCCAGCAGCAGCUCUGCUUGUCAGUGCACACCCUCUUCCCGGGCUCCCAAGUGCUGCUGUCACCCUGCAAAGAAAGUGACGGCAAACAGCGAUGGGGUAAAGUUGGUUCUCAUAUUGAGCACAUGGCCUCGCGCUUCUGCCUGGACACUGAAAUGAUGGGGGACACCAACGAGAGCACCAGAGAGCUCGUCAUCAACCCUUGUGAGAGCACAGCCAUGAGUCAGCGCUGGGACAUGGUGAUGUCCUGACCGCCUAUGGCAGUCAUCGAGCAAAACCAGCCACGAGAGCUUCAUCGGAAGCAGCCAUGGCACACAGCAGAGGCUGUUGGGAACUCAACAGCAAAACCAUUGGGCGCCCUUGUUCAUUGUGAGGUGGGAGCAGGAGUAAAAAAGGGUUAGGCGGCGGAGCUCCAGGUUGAAGAAGGGAUGUCAGCUGUGACCUGCAGUUAGUGGCCAGUUGGAGUGAUAGAGUUAAUGAGUACACACAACCAAUCCCUAAAUGUCUUUCAAUAACACUGAGUCCUGGCUGAGGCCUGAGGACGGCCCUACUGAAAUACGGUGUGUACAGUAUUUAUUGUUUUACUGCAAAGAUGGAAACUUUGGUAGAAGAGCCUUGGAGAGAAAGUGGAGACCUGGACACAAUGAGACACGUGCCUAGUUGGCCGCAUGGGUGGCGGGGAGGCUGGUGGGUGGGGGAAGGAGAUGCUAAAGGGAGAUAAAAAUGGUUGCCUGGGGGACGAGCGGAAAAUGCCAAGUAAUCUUUGCACUUUUCAUGAAUGUGAAUGAGCUUGACUUCUGCAGGCAGCUAGAAUGAAGCUAUAUUGCACGAUCCUGUUUGUAUAUAGUCUGUACACAUGGCGUACAGAGAGCCCAUGCUGUCAUCUGAUGCAUGACACCAGAAUUAAGAUGACGGGGGGGUUUGCACCGCUCUCUGCUCUCCAGGCAUGGAACCCAGCAAACCAUGCCGUGGGGGCCAAAUAUCUGAGCGCCCUAAAUCUACAAAUCUUUCUGACAACAUGAGGGGAGCAAUAACACUGUUACUUCUUCUGUCUGAAUGGCCCAGGCAAGCCAAGAUCAUUGAGUAUUCCCCAUUAACCUCAAUACAUGUCUCGUGUUUCACAUCUGGCGUAACUCAAAUGUCCACACAUCACCCAAGUACUAUUUUGCUAUUUGAAGGUAAUUGUGCCAUAUUUGCGUUUUCCAAUCUGCUUAAUACAAAAGCUGGUGCUAGCAUAAGACCCUGGGGCCUGAGGGGAUGGGGCUUCUUUCUGCAUGGUACAGAUGCAGGUGGGAGUCACGCAGAGGGCUUUUGUAGAGAGCAGGAGAGGGGAAAACCACCCCAAUGCUGUUGCUGCCUCCCAGAAUGUGAGUGUGGAAGGAAGGAUUUGGGAUUCCCCCAGCUGCAUCACUGAGCAGGAAGCCGCAGCUCAGGAGAUCCCUGAGGGUUCUCUCUCCCCUGUGGCCAUUAGUGCUCAUGGGUAUGGUAGAGGUGACAUGUUUAGGUUCCAGGAAGCAGGCAUUGGCCAGAGGUAAAAUGCCAACAUAAUGGUUGUGGGGGGUGAGGGGAUUCAGUGGGAGAGGGAAGUGGAGACCCCAGGAUGUGAAGUUGAGGGGAAACAGUCCUUUCUGAGCCAGUCUUCAGGUUAGGUCCCAGCAUAGCAAAAGAGGAUGGGGGAGUAGGACUUUCCAACAGCAUAGGACUCACCAAGUCAUUCCACAUAGGCCCCCGCACAGAUGUCUUCUGAGAACAAACGCUGGAUGGGAUUUUCAAAAAGGUCUAAGUGACUUGAAAGUCAAUGAGAUUUGUGCUCCUGAAUCACAUAAGCUCCUACAAAAGUCCCAUCCUCUGUGCCGGCUUCAAACCUGUGACCUGGAGGUGAAGCACCCCAUUAUCCACUUUGCCCAGCCCACCUUCUUGGAUAUAGUGCUAGGGAUAGGAUUUCUCUGCACUAGCUUCUCCCAUGCGUGCCUGGAGGGAGUCAUGCAUGUAAAUCAUCUGAGCAUCAAGCGCAGCACCAGCAUAUCUCUUGUUAUUUACACAUGGUCCCAGGGUAUAUAUGCUUUUCCAUCUGCUGCAGACUAGGUUACUAAUCAAACACGCCAUCAUGGGGUGAACCUCAAGGACUUGAAUUGUGAAAGGGUUCAAGGAAGCCGUCAUUUCACAGCAGUGCAUUGCACCAUUUUCAUUGCUUAGCUUUCCGAUGGGAAACAAUACAAUUAAAAAUAGAACCGGGGAAAAAAGAAAACCCAAUUCACAAAGCUGUCAAUGCCCUUGCUGGUUACCUUAUUUAAUUGAGCCAGUGACUAUCGUAACUGUUUUUCCCGCUGCAAAUGACAGGUAGGCUGUAAUAAUUCACCGUCUAAUAGUGAUGGGAGGGGCCCAGAGGCGAAGCAGCCCUCAAAUGCUUGGGUUUUACCUUGAACCCACCUGUGUCGUGUUUGCAGUGUGAUACCUUGAUGCUGCAUCGUUUCUGCUCCCUGCAAAAUAAGCAGACAAAAUGCUGCCUUUGCCUUUUUUGGUAAGAACUGCUGCUGCUCUCCAGCGUUCUCCAGGCAAUCGAUUUACAGCUUGGCUGUGGGUUCUAAAUCUGGAGUUCUCUGCUUUAGCAGGUUUGCUCCCGCCCAGAACUGGGUGAAGAAACUAUUGUGCAUCUAACAAAUCAUUUUCCACCGUGGGUUCAAAACAUCCAUGUUGCUGAUGGCCAAAACCAGUGUUUUGGACAACAAACCCUGUUUUUCACCUUAGCAGAAAAUCAAAGUGCUACCUCACUGCACAUGUGUACACGUGCAUUUGUGUAUGUGUAUAUAUGUGUGUUAGUGUACGUGUGUCCAUUUACGUGUAGGUACAUAUGUGUGUGUGCAUCUGCAUUUGUGUAUAGAUGUGAAGUGUAGGUGCAUUUGCAUUUAUGUAUAGGUGUGUAGAUGUACGUUAGAAGAAGCUCUUGGUUCAAAUUCACUUCACUUCCCUGAUAUGGUGAGGUAGAUCUGAAUACUAUUCCAGGGGCCUAACCCUCUGGGCCAAAUCAGGUCUGUAGAAGGCUCUAAUUGCAGUGCAAUUGCUGUGAGAUGGCUGGGGGCAGGCGACAGAGCAUAAAGAUAGGGUCUGCAUCCCCUGUGACUGUGGAGCUGUGCCACACAGGUGCUCCAUCAGGCUCCAGUGAGGAGGCUUGGCACAGAGAAGCUGGAUGUAGGUGUGGAAUUGCAACAACGCAUCAGCCAGCCCUCCACCCACCUAGUGUCGGCACAGCAGCUGCAAAGUAUAUUGCAGUCCUGAGGCUGCAGAAGCCACCACAGAGCAGCCUGGAGGGAUGAGUCCAUCCCCCACAUCCACCAUGCAGCCCUUUAUCUGAAGCCUGUUUCGUGGCCCAGAGCGCGAGAUCAGCCCUCUGAUCAGCAGUAUAUUUAGAGCAAUGUCACCACGACUCCCAUGAAACUCAGUAUGAGCAGUCAUGCAACUCUCCAGCACUUUGCAAAUGUUCUCUCUCAUGAAAAGCCUUGCUUUGGGUGUCAGUAGAAAAGCAAGUGUUGGUGAAAUCCAACUCUACCCCACAGGUUUAAUUACCUUAUUAAAAUAUUCUGGCUACUGA